AGGAACACACCCAGAGAGGCCGAGGAGAGGAAGAAGAGGAGGCAGAGGCAGCCACCUACUCCUUCAAGUGUCAUUAUAACCCAAUUUCCCUCCACCUGUCCAUUAUUCCCGUGCGGUAUGAGUGGCCGGCGGUGAGGCAGGGAGGCGAGGAGAGUUCUACGGCUCCAGAAGUACGGGAAGGCCAAAAGGGUGAAGAAAAUUGAUAAAGUAGAAGAGUGUCAGAGGCGAGGAGGAGGAGGAGGAGGCAGAGGGCAGCCCACCUACUCCUUAAAAAAGCCUCAUUCUCCGGCAGUUUCCCUCCACCUGGCCCUUAUUCCCGUGUUCCGUGGCCUCAGAAGUGCGGGGAAGGAUAAAAGAGGAAAAUAUAUUGAUAAAAGUUCCGCGGAGUGUGAGACGCGAAGAGGAGGAGGAGGAGGCGAGGAUGAUGAGGAGGAGGCGGCUCUCAGGAGGAGGUAAGGAGGCCAGGAGGUGACCACAAGGCACAGGAAGGACCCUUUUCCGGCCUUCUUAAUGCUGGAGGCCGGCGAGUACCAGCGCGUGGCCCUCGAGUCACCCUCCCAGUCCCCCACCCAGUCCAGUGACCGCCUGCUGGACAACAAGUGCGUGCAGUCCAGCGCCAGCUCGUCCUCGGAGGACAACCUCGACCUCGAUGUGACCUCCGCCGCCCAGCAGGUGAAAAUGGCAAGCGUGAAGCGGAAGUGGCAGAUCUUCCCAGGGCGUAACAAGUUCUGCUGUGACGGCCGCAUCAUCAUGGCGCAGCAGACGGGCAUCUUCUACUUCACUGUCAGCCUCAUCGUGGUCACCAGCGUGCUCUUCUUCGUCUUCGACUGCCCCUUCCUCGCCUUGAACCUGACGCCGGCCAUCCCUGCCGUCGGUGGUCUGCUGUUCAUCUUUGUCAUGUCGGCGCUGUUCCACACCUCCUUCACCGACCCCGGCAUCAUUCCCAGAGCCACGGUAGAGGAGGCCGUCUACACCGAGAAGCAGAUAGAGGUGCCAAACUCCGGUAACGGUCCACGACUGCGACCACCACCCCGUACCAAGGAGAUCACGGUGAAUGGUGUGACAGUGAAACUAAAAUACUGCUUCACAUGCAAGAUCUUCCGGCCGCCCAGAGCCUCGCAUUGCUCCAUCUGUGACAACUGUGUGGAGAGGUUUGACCACCACUGUCCUUGGGUGGGGAACUGUGUGGGCAGGAGAAACUAUCGCUACUUUUAUCUCUUCAUUAUAUCCCUCGCCUUCCUCUGCGUCUUCAUCUUUUCCUGCGUCAUCGCUCAUCUUGUGAUAUAUAUGAAAAACGAGGAGCAGACCUUCAUGGCGUCGGUCCAGAAGAAGCCGGCCUCCGUGAUCGAGGGCGUCAUCUGCUUCUUCUCCGUGUGGUCAAUCCUGGGCCUGGCCGGCUUCCACACCUACCUCACAACAUCCAAUCAAACCACCAAUGAAGAUAUCAAAGGCUCCUUCUCAGCCCGACGAGGACAGGCCAACUUCAACCCUUACGGCUAUGGGAACUUUUGCUUAAAUUGCUUGGCGGUGUUGUGCGGUCCAGUGCAGCCAAGUCUCAUAGACCGGCGAGGGGUUGUGACCUCUGAGUAUCUCACCAGCACACAGGGCAAGGCCGGGGACAUCCAGGGCAUCUCCAGAACCUACGGCACGGUCUACACUGCCCAGCCCACUAAUGGACUGGUGUCUCCUCGGGCAGGGUCAGAGGGUCCUGCGGGCACACACGGAGGCAAUGGUGGUGGUGGUGUUGUAGGGGGAGGUGGGAGUAACGGAGGUGGUGGCGCUGGUGGUGUACCUGCUGGUGGAGCUGUCGCGGCAGAGAACUCCACUUCCACAGGCUCCCUCAAGAAAAAGUCUGUGUCCUCCCAGUCUGUUAAUGGGAAAGACGUUGUGGGCAGCGGCAACCUAGGAGCCCCAGCGACGGUCUCCCAACUCCAGUCAGCAGCGGUGGGGGCGAGUCCUGCCGGAACACCCCCAGGGGACCACGUCUCUGUGACAACUGGGCCGGGGGUGGUUGGGGGCAGCCACGCAGGGGUCACCUCCAGUCAGCUGUACCUCCUUGACAGCUCCUACGACCUCGACCUGGACUCCAUAGACGGCUCUGUGUCCCAACCCUCACAUUCCGAGUCCUCUCAGUUAGGACUCAUACACAGCAAUGCGGUAUAGAGCCUCUUCUUGCCUCCCCCACCCCCACACUCCUCACUCGUCUCUCCUGGUGCAGUGUUGCCGUGUGACGCCGUUGUCGUUAGUUCUUGCCUCAGUGACCAGCUUCCUGUCAGCGUGGGGGGUUGUGGGCUCCUGUUAUGUGCUGAAUUGUGUUGGUGACGCUGAAGACCUUUGGAAGAUAAUGCGCCAGAGCAGAGAAGCUUAAGUGUUGUGUGGAUGGAAAACAAGCCCUGCUAUCAGUGAAUCACAUCUGACAUGUAAUCCCAAGAUCUGUAUUUACAAUGUUUGCACAAUCAGUUUUAUUUAGGACUUUUAGUCCGUUGUAUACUCGUCUUCAAUCAUAGGGUUAUGGUGUUGCAUAAUACAUGUGUUUUACAUAAAAAGCUUUUUGUGUUGGUACAUAAGUUGUAUAACACACAAUUAAGAAUGCCUCAGGAGGAAUGCCAGAAAUCUUUCCUUAUACUCUGGAUACUUCCAAAAGGAAGGAACAAGUUUUUCUCUGAGCUGAAUAGUUACUCAUUGUUCUCUGUAACCGUGCAAAACCAAACCACCUUUGUCGUCUUGCUUCAUGAGCAGUGCUGCACACUCUGCCUAUACAGGAAAAGAGGUUAUGAUGAUGAUGAGGAGGAGGAGGUGCAGUUCAAAGUCCAAAUUUACACAUUAAUGCAGUUUUCCACACAAGCUAGUUUGGCUGGUGAGUUGUGAGAGGUGUUGUGCAGUUCCCAAGGCAUUAUGUCCUGGAGGUCUUGAUGGUCAUUCCACACUUGUUCUGUUCCUCCCCAGGACAUUCUGAACACUGCUGAAUGUAAAGCAAGAAACUGAGACGCCAGUGAAGAAACAUUGCCGGCAGGCACAGACUGUGUCGUGUGUACCAACCAAAGUGUGCAUAAUGCAGUGCUAAUGCUACUACAGAUUAUAUAUAUAAUGUUUCGGUUCUUUGAUGGACAUAUUUGUUUUGAAUUGGUUAGUUAUGCAAGGAUGGACAGAAUAUUGACUAGCCUCUGUGUCUGUGUGCUUGUAUUUCUGUGGAAUAUAAAUUUAUGUACAUUUAUAUAAAUGUAUACAUAUGUUCAUACACAGACACCUAUAUGAUUUGCAUCAUUAUUUUCUUUCUAAUUGUCAUGUAAAUUUGAAUACAGAAAACUUUCAGGUAUUUUGUGUGUAAAAUAUAAUUUUAUUUUUGUAUGCUUGAGUAACAUCAACGCCAGAUUGUUGUACCAAAGUUUUCUUCUCUCUUUGUGCUCCUUCCCUGCUACUCCUUGAGGCUAACAGUCAGCUGUGUCUUGCCAUGAGGCUGGUGAGUGAUGCAUUCUUUGACAGUUGAUGAUACCGUUUUGUACCAUUGCCACGUGACUGAGGAACAACUGCGUGAAGAAUUUGGAUUGGUUAAGUGCAUUUGUAAGAGAAGGGAGUGACUUCAUCAUAAAAAUCUUCUGCAUGUAACAAAAUUGCACUGUUGUUAUCUAGAAAAAAUCACAUAAUGUUAUUACUUGGCUUACAAGAGUAUAUUUUGUUUAAUUUUGAAAGCUUCAAAAGAAAUUCUAAAAGAGUAAUGUUGAUCCUUUUUGCUGUUGGACCGCUGCAAAUUUAGUCUUACUGGUUUGCCAGUUAACCUGAUACAUACGAGUAUAUACUGUGUUGAUAGAUUCAUAAGUAGUGAGGAUAUUAUUCGUUUAUAAUAGGGAGGUACUGGGUCUGCUGGGGCAGCAACAGGAAAUUAUCAAGUCAUGUCAAUGUCUGAGGCUGUUGAGGUCCUAGAGGUGCAUCAUUCUCUUCAUGCUGUGUUCCACUUUUAAAUUUGCUUCCUUCACACACUAAAAGCAAUUACUAAGGCUUUGGAGACCAACAAGAUUAUUUACAGCAUGGGAAAGCAUCUUGUAAUUUAUUUUUCAUUGGUAUCAUGUGUACAUGAAGGUUUUUCAGUAAAAGAGUCUGGUGAAGGAAAGAUUGCAUGGAAAAUCCAAAAGCGGUGUGUGUCUAUGAUCCUGUGCUAGACAUUCAGGACGUUGGGGCUGAUCCCAGAGUGCUGUAGAACCACAAGUGAGGUGUGAGAUCUAGGUGGCUGUGGGGGCAUGCUUCCCCUGAAAGAUUUUCUAUUUAGACUGACUCAACGUAUUUACUGCCACCUGAGAGCAAUGAAAAGAAGAAACCAAGCAAUCUAGAGUACUGCAAAUUAAUUCCUGCUGGACAAAAAAUAAGGGGCUAAAGUUCUGAAAGCCCAUGCCUAACAACAGUUACUCAUGUGCUGGACUUGCAGUUGCUGGCCAGUACCCUUCCUGAAAUAGCUUGGAGCUGCAUAUUGACAGAUCUCUGGUUACAGCUUGGCCCUCACCACACACUCCACUCCCCUUGCUCAAGAUGUGGCAGUAACUGCUCCUGUCAACGGAGAAUCUUUUUGGCCUGAGCAAGGCGGGAACCUCAGCUUGCUGGGAGGCAGUUUUAAUGCGUUAGUACACUGCAUCACUGAGCGCUGGGUGUGUGCAUGCACUUUAUAUUGUUUAUUAUUUUAUUAUUUUUCUGAUAUUGGUUUUCACAUCAUGAGCUUUUCCAUGUUGUCCUCACCUGAACACACUCAAGGGUCUGACGUGAGUCUGAGCGGCAGUAGCAGGUGUAGGUACAGGCUACAUACUGGCAGCCUUGUGUGUGCUGCUCAGUGAGAUGGGAAGCCACUUCCAUGGCUCCCCAGACAGGACCUUAGUCAAACCUUUCUGGUCAGUAAAACUAAGAUGGAUGGUAACAGCCUCUGGCAUACAAAGAAACAUUUGCUCUCUUUUUGAGGUGGCUGUAUUGCAUAUACUACAGCAGAAGUUGAUCACAUCACCCACUCAAGUUUUCUCAUACCAAUUAUUCAUGAAACUGCAUGCUUCGAUGGUUGAUCUACAUAAGUUUAGCUUUCAUUAUAGUACUAAAGCUGAAGCUAACAACUGUGUUGAAAAAGGCUACAUUUUAUUGUUAUAAGCUACAAAUUUGUCCAACUCCCCUGUGUUGUAGGUACGAAAAGUUCAGAACUCUUGCCUAGGACAUUCUCCAUAAAGUAUACACCUCAGUUUCAUAUCCCUCAGUGGAGAUGACUGUCACUUUCUGGGACUUUUAUUACUUUCCUUCUGAGUCUUGUCCAUGACUGACCCUCACUGUCCUGAGGUGAGUGUUAGGCGACGCUGAACCUUCCCUGUGCAUCUUUGUUCGUGAUUCCUUUGACACAGGUCUUGAAGGGAAGCAAUAUUUCCUAUGGUGAUGCACGGGGCGGUGGUUUGUAGAGCCCAUCUCAAGCCAGUGAUUAUGUUAGAAGUACCAAGGUAAUAGUUUUCUAUGGGUGAAGAUAAUGUUUAGUUUAUAACUAUUUGAUGAUAUAUAUAUAUAUUUAUACUAUACAGGAUGUAUGAAGUAGUAUGUGAUAGUAUGUGUAUGUGUGGAAACUAAUGUGAUAUAAAAUCUUUUCCUUGAUUUGUAACUUAAUUUUAGGGCAGCGGGGAACCCUCAGCGGCCAACCAUGUGUGGUCCAAAGUGGCCCAGAGGUCUGUGUCCCAGCUGCAGGUGAAGAGUCUUGGCUUUUAUUCAUGGGCUUUACAGUGUUGCCUGGAGGGUCAAGUGGAGGACGCCCAGUCCAAGUAUAUCAUCUCAGUAUAUUGAGGGAAUUUUGUGAGCAGUUUAGUCACUCUUGUAAAUGAAAACUUAAAAGUUACCUGAAAAGUGUGUGGUUGUAUGCAUGCUUGUGUGCCUCCUCGUGUUGAUAUGUAAGUGUAUGCAUGCAUGCAUUUUUAAAUGUGCUUGUGUGCAUAUAUGUUUGCAUAUUUAUAAUUUUUUCAUUAAUCAUUCAUUACCACAGUCACUCAUCUGAUAUCAUUGUAGGUUUGACGUUCAUUCUGUCCAAUAAUGUAUGUUGUUAGCAGUAUGUAGCCUCACAGUCAUUACUUCCUGUUUGGGACAAUUCCUAUGCUUGUUUGUGAAGGAAGUGAAUCAUUCCUCGGACAGACAGCAAUACUCACUGUAUGGUUUCUGUAAGGUGAUAUGUUUUCCAGCCUGAGCUGGGUUGCAGUGUCCUCCCAUUCCUAACUCGUUGAAAGGUUUGAUUCCAUAUCACGGCAAUUUUUUGCUGAGCAGCAGCUCGCUCUCUUGUCACCCAAACAAAGCUCCAUGGGCUUAGCUGCCUAGCUUCAGGAGAUUCUUAAAUUUUUUUGAUGUUGUCUGGAAAAGCAAAUACGAUGUAAGGAAUCUGGGAGAAGAAAUCACACCUUUAGGUUAGGUUAAGGCAUCAGGAGUGAGAAGGCAUUGUACCCACAGCAAUAAUGUUUAGUGUUUUAUGUUCCUGAAAUCUGUUGUAGGGGUAUAGUGUUUUGUGGAGGAAGGUGGCCAGGACUAUGAAGGUUGUACAGCAGCAUUGUAAUGUAUUUCACCAGCAAGAAACAUUUUCUGCCUGGACAAUACCAUACGUGAUGCAGUUGUGUUGAGGUGAUGUUGUGUAAUAAGUCCAUGGAAUUUCAAAGUCAGUACCUUGCAAAGAAAAUUGCCUUUUGAAUGUUCAUAAAGUUUAGAGCAAGCCCUCAGUUCAUGCAGUCUUAGGUGGCAGUAGUAAGAGUCGAAUACAAAAUUAUAUACGGUGUUGUAAAUCAUUUAAGUUAAUCAGAGUAAUAAAUACUACUACAAAGAGUGAACAUACUUGAAGAAAGCCUAAGGAGAUUUGCUGUCAUGGGGUAUCUUUCCCAUAAGCAUGACACAUCAGUUUGGCAUGUUGAACAGCAGUCUGUAGGAGAAUGUAAAGAAUGUAUACCAUGUGAAAGGUGUUUUUAGAGGGCGUAGAUGCUGCAUUAAGCCACUGUCUUCUUGAUUAAGUUUGAAGGAAAUGAGGAACUAGAAUGAAAAAAAAUAUAAAUGAUACUGUGGAAAAUGAAUUUAGGCCAAGCUGUCUAAACUUUGAGCAUUCUCGGAAGUCCCACUCCAGUAGCAGGAUGUGAAGUGUUACUCGUGAGAACUUGUGUUGGUGUCUCUUCUAUUCCUGCCAUCAGAACGGAAAUGUUUUAACUCGUGAUAUUAUGUUUUGAUUACUCUGUGAGGGUGCAUGACUGUGUGUGUGUGUGUGUGUGUGUGUGUGUGUGUGUGUGUGUGUGUGUGUGUGUGUGUGUGUGUGUGUGUGUGUGUUAGAGAAGAAGCAGAAGUUUUCCUCCUUUAGCCUAUAAACCAUCCUUAUAAAACGUUCUUGUGUGAGAUGUUUGGCACUUUCAGAAUCCUGUUUGUCCCUCCUUUCUCCUUAGCUUUCUGUUUCCUGGGGGUCAGUCACAAUCAGUUGGAGUACUUUCUCUUGUACCGGAUGAGUGAGAAAUAAUUUUAGACAAAGCCUUUGACUACCUUUAGGAGAGAUUUUUCAUAAAUUGUAAAAUUAUGCAAAACAUACAAACCAAAAAAAGGUACACUUGUAAUGAAGAUAAUUAUAAAGGUUCAUUUGAA